GUCUGAUGUCUAUUUUCUCAGGAGGGGCGGGUGUGCGGCGCAUGGUCCUUUGCGGCGCGGGGCGGAGCUGGGUCGGAGCUGGGCCGGCGCGGGGCGCGGCGCGCGCUUACCGCGUCUCGCCUAGCCUUCGAAUUACGGACGCGCAGGCCGACUCGUUUGGCAAGCUCGUGAAGUCCGCGAUUGUGGCGAAGAACAUAAAGGAGAUCGAGGAGAUUUCGAACCAAUACUACGACGAGGUCGACGAGGUGGAGAAGGUGAGGAUGGACGCGCUGAGAGGGAAGCAGACGAGGCUGAGGGAGAGCCUGCAGGCGGAGGCGGAGAGCAUGCAGAACGCGAGAGAGAUUCGGCGCGUGAAGGUGAGAGACGGGUUGAGGAGGAGUCGAGAGAACUUCGAGAUUGCCAACGCGCGCAAGCAGAGGCCGUGUUUUUCGGAGAGGGCUCGAGCGAAGGCGUACGAACUGUACAAAGAGAACAAGGAGUAUUGGAACGCGAGUCGUUUGGCGAACUUGUUUCGAGUGAACAUUGCCAGAAUGAGGAUUUCGCUGUGGGUUAGCUCUAUAGAGGAGCAGGCGGAGGCGGAGGGGGCGAAGCUGGACGACACGGUUGAGUCGUUGUUGGCGGAGAAGUAUGGGGAGCUCGAUUUUCCUGGAGACAUUGCCGAGGUGCCUGAGAGGAUUCCGUACAAGAAGAGGCGCGACUUGUAUUUUUUCUUUGACGACGAGGUCAAGCUUCAGGAGUUGAUGAAGGUGCUGAGGACGAGGGACAUGAACCAUUACAGGGAGUCGCCGAGGGUGCCGAAGAGGUCGAUUCCGCCGAUAGUCAAGGUGGUGCCUCCCCAGCUGGAGUCGGUGAGGUCGACGACGGCGCCGAACAAGUUCGGGUCGGCGUGGCUGAUGUGGGACAUUUCGCCCACGAAGGACAUGUACAACAGGAGGAUCGUGGUGAGGGAGCGAGAUGGGUCGUACAGGACUGGAAAUUGGCAGGAGCGCCGGUACGUGGAGGACUAUCGCCGGUACAUAAAGUGGCCGGUGAGGGUGCCGUUCGUGAGGCCGGACGAGACGCAGCCGGACCGGGUGCCGAGGGAGGCGAGGAUACCGGAGGGGUAUAAGGUGGUUUUCGAUUGAGAGAGGAAGCAGAUUAAAAAAAAAAAAAG